ACUGAUUGUAUAAUAAUCAAUGACGCGACUGUAAUAAUUUUGGACUUUGACACCUUUAAUACUCUUAAAUAUUUAUCACGUUCCGUGGUCUAAUUUUUACUGCUUCGAUAUACAGCGAUAUAGAUCAGUGUCAAGGUGUUAUCGGUGUUGAUUAAACUUGCAGGAAGAUUGUAAAGUAACAUACCAACAGCGAUUUAUUUCUGUAGAAGACCUACGUGUUUAUUAUAAAAGAAAUAGAAAGUCGCAUUAAAAGACUGAAAAAUGUCUGAAAAUGUUAGUCCUAUCAAAUAUUUUCUUUCUGGAGGAUUCGGUGGUAUUUGCACCGUUUUAGCAGGUCAUCCGCUAGAUACGAUAAAAGUUCGGCUACAAACCAUGCCACUGCCGACUGAAGGGCAGGCACCAUUGUAUGCAGGAACGUUAGACUGCGCAAAGAAAACUAUUCGUAAUGAAGGUUUUCGUGGCUUGUACAAAGGCAUGUCUGCUCCUAUUGCCGGAGUAGCUCCCAUUUUUGCUAUGAGUUUCUUUGGAUUUGGAGUGGGAAAAAGACUACAGCAAAAAACUCCAGAUGAAGAGCUGAAUAACAUCCAGCUCUUUGCGGCGGGUGCAUUCUCCGGUGUAUUCACAACUACAGUAAUGGCGCCGGGUGAACGAAUCAAAUGUCUUUUACAAAUCCAACAAGGCGGAAAUUCGCCUCAAAAAUAUAAUGGAAUGGUGGAUUGUGCUAAGCAACUCUAUGCUGAAGGUGGAAUCCGUAGUAUUUAUAAAGGAUCAUUCGCUACCUUGCUAAGGGACGUUCCCGCGUCAGGAAUGUAUUUCUUGACGUAUGAGUAUAUAAAAAAGGCGUUAGCUCCGAAGCAAAAUGAAAAACAAGACGCGGCAAUUGGGUUACUGGGAACAAUUUUCGCUGGAGGAAUGGCAGGUAUCGCAAAUUGGGCAAUCGGAAUGCCGGCCGAUGUGCUUAAAUCACGUUUGCAAACAGCACCAGAAGGACGCUAUAAGAACGGCAUUCGAGAUGUGUUCAGCGAACUAAUGAAACAUGAGGGCCCACUGGCCCUUUACAAAGGUGUGACGCCGGUGAUGUUGCGAGCUUUCCCCGCUAAUGCGGCUUGUUUUAUUGGUUUCGAAGUGUUUAUGAAUUUUCUCAAUUGGAUUGCCCCCAACUUAUAGUCCAUUGUAUUACAUUGUUAUUUCCACGUGAAGAAAUGUGCUUUAAGGUAAAGGUGUAGAUGAUAUGCAAUCAUAUAUGAAGAACUACCAUUUGUUUUAUAAAAAGUGAAUUUAUGUACUGCCUAAUAAAACGUUUUCUAAAAAU